AACCUGGCUAUUGCCGGGUGUGUGGCGAGAUCGCUGGAGCCAGAGAGAAAAGGGUGUUCUCUGGUUUGCUCUCUUCCAGCUUAUCUUGACUCCAAACCGUUAAACAGAACGCAGCAUCUGGGGAAAGGGGGGGAGGCGGAUUUCUCAUUAUCCCUGUUCUCUGCCGUGGUGCCGGCAGCUGGACAGGCCGUACAUUAAUAGAUUACAUUCAGGAUUUCAGAUUGUUAACAGCGCGAGAGCUCCAGUCUUCUGGGAAAGUGCCGGGGAGCUGGCUGGGAGCUGUCGGGUUUUUUUUUCUUUGCAGCGGAGACAACCUGUGAGGGAAAACAACACCCACUUUGAGAAGCAGCCGCCGCCACCAAAAAUCUGUGUCCUGGGUGACCUUUAGUCAAUACCUCUUCUUCCAAGGUAAAAGGCAAACAGAAAGAACAAAGAGCAGCUCUAAGAUCCAGGUUGACCUCCACACCCACUCUGCGCUUGGCAAGAGGAGCCCCCCAGAGACGCCUCGAUGGAUGAAUGGGAAGCCCCCCAGUGGAAGAAGGAAAUCGAAAGCCUUAAGUACCAGCUGGCUUUCAAGCGGGAAUUAUCCUCCAAAACCAUCCCUGAAUUCCUCAAAUGGAUAGAAGACGGAAUUCCAAAUGACCCUUUCCUGAAUCCAGAACUGAUGAAGAGCAACCCCUGGGUGGAGAAAGGAAAAUGCACCCUCCUCUAAACCUUCCCUCUACCCUACAUCGCUUGCCCAAGGAGGUGGAACCAAUUUGAGGAGAGCAUUCUUCCUUGGUGUGGUUGUCUGUUGUGAUGGAGGAACCAGCAACAAUAAGCAGAAUUAUGUGAGUCCCCAUGAACCUGGUUGUUGCAAAAUUGUUCUCUUUCCGUUAAAACUAAUCUGUCUGUCUGUCUCUUUCUUUGAAGGAAAACUUGUAAAGGAACUCAAGACUUUUAUAAAACAUUUCAGUGAUUUUUCAAUACUUUUUUGUAUCUUGUAGGAUAUACAAUUUUGCAGUUUAAAAAACAAGCCAAGGCAAGGAGACACGUUUAUAAAUUAAAUAAAGAAAGCAAUACUAAA